AUGGGUCAAGAUAGAGACGAUAAUCCAUAUAAACUUUCACCACGUUAUAGAAACAAGGCACCAGUUAUCAGAAACCCUAAAUUUGAUUGUAUAGAACUUUUCAGUAAACUUGGUUCAUGUCUUUCUAAAAGUGGUUUUGAUAUAUCAAAAUGUGCACCUCAACUUGCAUUAGUUAAUGAUUGUAAAAAACAAGCUAAAAUUGUAAGACGUGUUUCACCAUUUGGUUUCCAUUUCAAUAGAAUCGUUUCAAAUAAAUUUAAAAUUCCAAUUCCAUAA